AUGGUAGUCGCGCAGAAAGUGAAGGAAUCUGAGAUCACCGAGCAGGACUCGCUUCUGCUCACAAGGAAUCUGUUGCGUAUUGCAAUAUUCAAUAUCAGUUACAUCAGAGGACUUUUCCCAGAGAAAUAUUUUAAUGAUAAGUCUGUUCCAGCUCUGGAUAUGAAGAUUAAAAAACUUAUGCCUAUGGAUGCUGAAUCGCGCAGACUCAUUGAUUGGAUGGAGAAAGGUGUUUAUGAUGCUCUGCAGAAAAAAUAUCUGAAAACACUCUUGUUCUGUGUCUGUGAGGCAGUGGAUGGUUCAAUGAUUGAGGAAUAUACAUUUUCAUUCAGCUAUUCCAGUGCUGACAGUCAGGAGGUCUCCAUGAACAUUAAUCGUAGCGGGACAAAGAAGGGAGGAAAAUUUACACAUAACUCAGUGACGGAAAUAACCCCUACUCAGAUGAGGAGUUCUGCGUGCAAAAUGGUCCGCACACUAAUUCAACUGAUGAGAACUCUGGACAAGAUGCCAGACGAGCGCACUGUGCUGAUGAAGCUUCUUUAUUACGACGAUGUCACACCAAUGGAUUAUGAGCCCCCUUUCUUCAGAGGCUGCACAGAAGAGGAAGCUCAUAAUCCAUGGACAGGAAAUCCUUUGAAGAUGGAAGUGGGUAAAGUAAACAGCAAGCAUUUAGUACUAGCCCUGAAGGUUAAGAGCAGGCUUGAUCCUUGUGAGGACGAAAACAAUGACAAUCAAGAUAAUGAUGUUAGCUUGGGAGCUGAUUCUAUCCAAAAAGAUGAAUACAGUGAAUCUGACAGUGAUACCAACGAUUCAGAUGAUGAUCGAUUUAUUGUGGCACCGACAGACAAACGACAGCUUCCCGAAGAUAAUGAAGCAGUUGAUGAAGAUGAUACCCAAGAAUUAGCAGAUGAUGAACAACAAUUGGGACGAGUAAAGGAUUGGAUCAGCUCAUACCACCUUGACACAAUUGAGCUCACUGAUGUCCUCUCAUAUUUCCCUGAUAUCUCCGUGCUUGUGAAGGAAAGUUUUAUAUCAAAAGCUGAAGGAGAGAGUUAUGUCAUUCACAGUAAAAAGAAAUUUGAAUAUGAGUUUGAUGCUGUGAAAGAAGAAGUUGAUGUACAAAUGGUAGCCCAAUAUGGAAAAGAUGGAUAUAUGGGGGUAGAUCGCAUGUACAUGAAGGCAUUAUAUCAUACUCUGCCACUGGAAUACAUAACAGUACCAAAACUUAAGAGCAAACUUGAAGGUGAAGCCAGCCCAACUACAGUUCGUAAGCUGAUCGACAAAAUGACACAAGACGGCUUCAUUGAGGCUGGCAGCAGUCGUAAACUCGGCAAGCGUGUGGUCCACACUGACCUUACUAAGAAAAAGCUGAUUGAAGUCACAAAGCUCUUAACAGUAUCAGAUGCUAUGGAGGUUGACAAGAAACAAACUGUAGACAUGUCCAACCAUCCAGAACUCGAUCGUGCGGAGAACAAGUACAAGGACUUGUCCACGUGCGGGGGCCUUCACUCCAUUGGGUCUGAUGUCACACGAACAAGAGGCAGAUCUGAGCCACACACUAACAGCUCCAUCAGGACAGAUCAACAAGGUGUUGCCAGGAGAAGGGAACUUGGUGGGAGUACUCCAACCAGCAAGGCCGAGCAGCCAGCAGCCUCGAGGGAGAGUUUUGUGCCUGGUGCUGAAAAUGGCCGGGCUGUUACUAAUGCUCACCAAGGAGAUGAGAUGGAUGUGGCAAUGGAAAGCAGGGCAAGCCAGGACAAACGUUUCAGGAAAACGAGCACGGUCAAAGAGCCUAUCCAGCAGCACAGCAAGCGCCAGAAAUCUCAAGCUUGA